AUAUGCACAUACAUGGCACAAGGCUAUAGUGUUUCAUGAUGACGAGGCUGAAUAGUACAAUUUGCACUGGUCUUAACCUCACAGGGCAGUGAUAGGCAGUAAUUAUUACUUGUAAAGUGGGCCUCAGUUGUAAAACAGAGACAUUUUGCUAUUCUAUGGCAUCACUAAAUCAAAGCGGUCGGUCUUGUGAGGUAAGAUUGCAGGCUUGGCUUUGCACGUUUUAUUUGGCUCCCUUGUCAGGGUGCAGUGAUCCUAGCCUGAGCGACCCCGAGUUGCUCCGGGAUCACUCCAAGAUCACUCCGGCGCAGUUCCCUGAGCGCUCCGGUCACGCAUCACCUUGCUCUGGGUACGCUCCGGGCGGCUCAGGGAGCCAAAAGCGGCGAGAAGUCGGACCGAAAACGGAAAGGGCAAGUGUCGAGAUUUCCGCAGAGAACAUUUACAAUAGUGGUGAAACGGGCGUGUUUUCUACAGCAGUGCGGAUUCUCCAACGCCACCUGGCUACGACGAGGCCCCUCUAUACAGUUAUGGAUAAAACGAUAGGUCUUCCCUCUGAGAGAUCCUCCUAGCUAGCCUCUCCCCUGCCUUCCUACAUAUGACUUUGAAUGUUGUAUCCAAGGAUUUCCUCACUUCCCACACGGUCUCAAAUAGAAGGAUUGCUAGACUUGUGACUGGGUCUCCUCAACUAUCAAUGUAGGACUGCCAAUACCACAGAAUCACUUCUUCAAGUUGUGUAUAUAGUCACAUAUAGGUCUAAGGUAGACUUGACACCCGCAC